GUGACGUCACCAGCGCCCGCCGCUAUCUAAGUUGAGGAACGGCUGUUUUCUGUCCUUUUUCCCUCCUAACGAGUCCUGAGACGGGUAAGGGAUCCAAAAACAUCUUCCCGUGUCACGGCGCUUUUCACAACCCAACAAAAAUGAUCAUCUACAAGGAUAUCAUCACCGGAGAUGAGCUGUUCACCGAGGUCUACAAAAUCACGGAGGUCUGCGACGGGAUGCUGUACGAGGUCCAGGGAAAGCUCACUUCCAGAUCGGAGGACGUCGACGGUGCGUUAAUCGGCGCCAACGCCUCUGCAGAGGGGGGCGAUGAGGGUAGCGAAGCGUCCACAGUCAGUGGAGUCGACAUUGUGCUCAACAGCAAACUGCAGGAGACCUCGGCCUACAACAAGAAGGCCUACCAGAGCUACAUCAAGGGCUAUAUGAAGGCGGUCAAGGCCAAGCUGGAGGAGCAGGGUUCUAAGAGGGUACAGGCCUUCAUGGCAGGCGCUCCAGCAGCUGUUAAGAUGAUCCUGGGAAACCUCGAUAAAUACCAGUUCUUCACCGGUGAGUCCAUGAACUGUGACGGCGCCAUCGGCCUGCUAGACUACCGCGAGGACGGGGUCACGCCCUUCUUCGUUUUCUUCAAGGACGGCAUCGAGAUCGAGAAAUACUAAACCAUCCGGACGUCUAACAGAAGUGCCUCUGGACCGGAGGGAGCGUGUCUGCUUGUUACCAUAGCUACCACCGCCCCUGAUCAUGGACAGACUGACCCCUGCCCUGCCUGCUUGUUACCGUCUCCGCCGCCCCUGAUCAUGGACAGACUGCCCCCUGCCUGUAUCCCUCCCAACACCUGGAACAGACUUGUCUUUCUUUUAAUCCCAAGUUUUUAUUU